AAAUAUUCAACUUGGAUUGAAGACCAACAUGCUCAGUCCAUUUAGAUGCAUUUUGUUAGGUGCUCCUGGUGCUGGAAAAGGAACACAGCUAACUAGAUUGGUCAAGCACCAUCCAGACUUGUGCACUGUUAUUAGUGGGAACUUAUUGAGACAAGAAAUCUCUUCAAAGACCCCAAUUGGUUUGGAGGUUGAAAACACAAUUAAAAAAGGUGGUUUGGUGCCAGACAGUCUUAUCAUCGACUUGAUAUUCAAAAAUCUUAAGAUUGAGAAGUUGCUAAAUGACUCAAGGUCUUGGUUAUUAGAUGGGUUUCCUAGAACUGUUACUCAGGCCUUGAAACUCGAUGAAAAUUUAAGUAAACACAAUUCUUUGAUCAAUUUGGUUGUCGAGUUAAAAGUUCCAGAAAGUGUAAUUUUGGAAAGAAUCGAAAAUAGGUGGAUUCACCAACCAUCUGGCAGAGUUUAUAAUAUACAGUACAAUCCUCCCAGAGUUCCAAAUAAAGACGAUGUUACUGGUGAACCAUUAACAAAAAGACCAGAUGAUAACGCUGAAGUUUUCAAAAAAAGGUUAGAGACCUAUUACAACGAAGCAACUCCAUUAAAAGAGUACUACCAAAAAAGAGGCAUAUUACAUAGCGUUGAAGGCGAGACCUCUGAUAUCAUAUUUCCAAAAUUGAUAAAGUUAAUAGAAAACAAAUUUAGUGUUUAGACUUGGAUAUUCCAUAGAUAAAUAGACCCAUUUUUUGCUACAUUUAGUCGUUUUCAAUCAACAGACACAAUAAAUUAGAACAUAAAUUCAGUUUUCGGCGUUUCUUUGCUAGAAAUUGAGUAAAUUGAGCAAAAAGCACAAAAAGAAAUAGAAAUUUAUUAGGCUUCGAACCAAAAAACUAGAUUUAAAACAGUAAUCAUACACAAUUAUAUAACAGUUACAUCAUCAAAUAAUUCAUUAAAAGC